AUGUCACAACUCUCUGAUUUUCAAAUCCACAUUAAUGGUCAGCAAACAUUCUUUGUGAAUGAGGAGAUUUUAUCAACAUAUUCAGGAAGGUUGAAGAAGAUCAUCAAGCAGGAAAGGAGAAGGACCCAGAUCAAGAAUUCAGGGAUUGAAAUCGAUGACUUCCCUGGAGGUCCUGAUGGGUUCGAGUUAAUUUCUCGAUUCUGUUACAACAAUGGAAGAAUCACAACCACAGUUUCAAAUGUGUCCCUCCUCCACUGCUGUGCAGUCUACCUUGGAAUGACUGAGAAGCUCUCAACUUGCAAUCUAUUGCUGCAAACACAAGUCUUUCUUGAUGGACUUUUUGAGUGGUCAUGGAAAGACAUACUAGUCUGCCUCAAGAGCUGCGGCUCAUUCUGCAACUAUGCAGAUUCAUCUGGUCUGCUAGACAAACUCAUUUGUGCUCUGUUGGCUAAGAUUGCUCAAAAUUCAGAUAUAAGCAGCCUCAUUGCCGCGUCGUCUUCUACGUCCUCUUCUCCAGAAACUGCAUCUGGGUUUAGACCCUCUUCCUCAUAUAAGAACACCCCUGAAUCAAUCAAGCCAAGCUCAUCAAGCAGAGCUUGGUGGUUUGAUGAUGUGGCCAUUUUACCACCAAAGAUCAUUGAAAAACUCUUCCAGAGUUUGGGUGCUUAUGGAACUGAUAACAACAGCUUGAUCCUCACAAGAUUUCUCCUUCAUUACCUGAAAGUUUCAGCUCAGAGGAAAGCUAAUUAUAAUCAUACAUCAUCAGCUGCUGUGAAUUCAAAAUGUGAGUUUGGUGGUCUUGUGGACACAGCUGUUCAUGGGGUCAUUUCGGUUGGGAGAAAAACGUUUUCCUGCAGAGCGCUGUUUUGGGUAUUGAGGAUUGUGUCUGGCUUUGGACUGAGUAAAGAGUACAGGCUUGGUUUGGAAAGAUUGAUUGGUGGAAUGCUUGAUGAAGCAACAUUGGAUGACUUGCUAGUGUCUGGGCAUGACAGGGGUGUUUAUGAUGUCAAUCUUGUGAUAAGAUUGAUAAGAGUGUUUGUUAAAAGUGAUGGAGUGUCAGUGCAGAAGUUGAAGAUAGCCGGGAGAUUGAUAGAUAAGUACUUGGGUGAAAUAUCCCCUGAUCAGAAUCUCAAGAUCUCUAAAUUUUUGGGAGUUGCAGAGAGUUUACCUGAUUCUGCCAGGGAUUGCUUUGAUGGGGCCUACAGAGCCAUUGAUAUCUAUCUUGAGUCUCAUCCUAGUCUUUCAUUUGAGGAGCGGUCAAGAUUAUGCAGAUGCCUAAACUAUGAAAAGCUGAGCCUUGGAGCAUGUAAAGAGCUUGCCAAGAAUCCAAAAAUCCCACCAAGGAUUGCCAUGCAAGCCCUUAUGUCUCAACAAUCCAAAAUAACACCACCAACACCAAAACCAAAACAACAAUGUGUAAAUUAUGAAAGGUUUGUGUACAAGGGUGAUGCUGAUGAUGAAGAGAGCUUAGCAGAAGAAGGGAAGAUGGAAGAAACACUAAACUUGCAGAGGAUGCAAUGGAGGGUGGUGGAGUUAGAGAAACUGUGCAGGCAAAUGAAGGGGCAGAUGUCAAGGAUGGUGAAGCAUAAUCAUGUUUUGGCUACCCCAACUCAUGCUAGACCUCUGCCUAGACUCUGUUGA